AUGAAUCAGCACAUCCCCACCUCGAAGGCAAAUAACAUACCAGAAGAGAUACUGACAACCACUUCCACUGCUUCGACCGGUUAUGGGAACAGCAAAUACCUCGCAGAGCAUAUCAUCGACCAUGCCGUGAAAACGCAACACCUCCGUGCGUCCGUCGCCCGGGUUGGCCAGAUCGCUGCUGCGGUCAACGGUCCAGGUGCCUGGAAGAGGGAAGGGUGGCUCCCUAGUCUUAUGCAAAGCUCGUUGUGGCUUGGAGCCCUUCCCAAUUCCUUGGGACCGGUGCUCGAUCGUGUUGACUGGGUUCCUGUGGAUCUUUUAGCAGCAAUACUUGUUGAGAUGGCACUCGAAUUCUCUCAGCCCGUUGUACCUGGGGUCGGAAAGGACACUGGGGUGGAACGCCGACUAUCGCAUCGAUUCUUGCCUCUCACUCUGGGAGAAAUGUGGAGACGAUUCCGCAAAUGGAUUGAGCGUAUAAGGCAAGAUCUAGGGCUUAGCUCUGACGACGGCAGUGAUGGCAACGGUGAUGGUCAGUGCCCGCAGGAGCAGGAGGAACAGCAGCAGCGACGGUUCAGUUCAACCACUGCCGAGGAAUUGCUGCACACAACACUGGAACAGAACGCAGCGGUGAAGCUGGUGCGAUUCUUCGAGGACCUUGUUGUGGAUGAUGCGGACGAUAUCAAGGUCUUUGAGACGACCCGUGCGGUGCAAAGGAGUAAAAAGCUGAGGAAUGUCUCUAGAGUAAGCGCAGAGUGGGUGAAGAAGUGGAUUGAUGAGAUGUUGGAUGAUGGUGAGGCUUGGGCAAGCCCUCGUACUGGGAAGAGUUAG